UAACCACAUGAAAACAUAGCUCACUUUUCUGCAGUCGGUUAAAAUCCGAACUUCAAACCUCGACUGUAUGCGUUGCCCGUUGUACACAAUGGAAUGCGCUCGGCCGCGCGCCGGGAGCCCGCCGCGUCUGCGCAUCGGCAAAAUCAGUGCGAAGCUAGUUGCGACGGCGAAUGCACGCUCGAUUCCUCUCAGCGCUUAACUCGAUACACCCGCGAUCUUUUAUUAUUGUAAUAAUUUCGGAUAUAUUUCAAAUACCGCGAUUACCUAUCACGGCAAAUAUCAGUGACUUUAUAGUGUGUCUAUUUAGUGGUUUUAGUAUAAACAAACAUUGUAGACAGUGAAAUAAACUUUUUAGCAAAGUAACGGACAUUUUCAAUUCAAUUCCCGUCAGUUAGGUCUUUGCUAAAUUGGUGACACAUCGACGAACAACGGAGUUCAAGAACGUUAUCACGAUGUCUACGCCAAAAGAAGACACAAGAAGUGGUGCUAUUGCGGCUGGAAGCAACCAGGAUGUCUGCCGUGUGGGUGUACGAGUACCGCCGUUCUGGCCUGAAGAACCGGCUGUUUGGUUUGCCCAAAUUGAAGAAGGACAGUCCGUUAGAAGCUGUGGCGGACUUGGUGGACCACGUCCACGACAUCGCCCCUCCUAGCGCAGCACAGGUAGCCAUGACGUCGGCAGCACCAUCAGGUACCGCUUUCGAUAUUAUGUGUCAAAAAGUAGCGGACCUGACGCGACAGGUUGAAGCGCUCGUCAUUAACCAGAAACGCCAGUCCCGGCCCGCAUCAAUAAAUAGAAAUAAUUAUAACCGCCAACGAUCAAAUUCUCGAGCGCGCCAACCACCAGAAGGUCAUCCACACUGCUGGUAUCAUUAUAGAUUCGGCAAUAGAGCAAAGAAAUGUGUAUCGCCGUGUACCUUCACUCGCGAGCAGCAGGGAAAAGACAGAGGCAGUCAUUAGUGGCCGAAAGCGUCUGCCCAACUUCUUCAGGCCGAUUAUUUGUCACAGACCGAGAAUCCAAACUGCAAUUUCUUAUUGAUACCGGCUCAGACGUUAGCGUCUACCCACGUUCGCUUAUAAAAGGACAACGCCCCAAAACUCAAUAUGAAUUAUUCGCAGCGAAUGGUACCGUGAUAUGUACAUUUGGCUGGGCACAUUUGAACAUUAAUUUGGGACUGCGACGCGUAUUUAACUGGAGGUUCAGACGUUCAGUAGCAGACGUCACUAAACCUAUUAUUGGAGUGGAUUUUUUAUCUUACUAUAACCUAUUGGUGGAUUGCAGGAAUCAACGCUUGAUUGACGGAUUAACGAGCCUGUCUGUCGCGCUGCCAGCAAAGGACGCUGCCGAAGUCAUUGGAUCAAUAAAAGCAGUAGCUGGAGACACAGUAUACCAUCAACUACUUCGUGAGUUCCCAGACAUUACUCGCCCUGCAGGCACGCAUAAAGUACCAAAGCACAACACAGUACA